GGCCAACUUUCUCUUCUUAGGUCCAACAAAAUUGCAUUUGCUGUGGAGUUUGCAUGGGGAAGUACUUUUGCCGGAAAUGCAAGUUCUUCGACGAUGAUGUUUCAAAGAACCAAUACCAUUUUGAUGCUAAUGGUUGUGGAAUCUGCAGGAACAUAGAUCCAAGGAAUGGCUUACACUUUUGCCAGCUCCGGAUGAAAAUGCCCCUGGGUUCGGAAACUAGUUGGCUAAAUUUACUUCUUAUGGGUUUUGGGCGUUUUGGUGAUUUCACACUCAAAAGUGGUGGGCCAUAGACACUAUUUAGCGGUGUUGGGCUUGGGGGCUUUCCGGUAAAAUCACCUCCCCUAGCUACUGUGCGCGUUGGAAUUCUGCCUGGAAUCCAGCUCGUCUGUCUCCAAUUCUUCUUCCCAUUUCGCGUAUUCAUCCAUCGGUCCACCACCAUCUCUGCAACAAACGAACAGGACGAACAAGCAGGCGUCUCAAUCCAGACAAUGGCUGACCAGAUUGUGAGAGGAGAAGAUACUUCGCCAAGGCUGGAUAAUCCUCUAUUUCCUCAACCCAACCCACCCUCGGCCACCUCCCAUGAUCUCCCCACAAGAAAACCCGCUUUCUCUGCCCACUGAUCCAACCCAACCCAACAACGAUGGCGGCCUCGAAGACUUCAUCCAGCAGUUGGCUCAGACCGAUCUGCUGGGCCUACCACCGGCACCCAUGUCAGCAAUUGAUUCCUUGCGUCAGUUCUUUCAAAACUCAGCAAAUCCUGCAAGAAAGAGUGUCCUUAGAAUUUUGAGAGAUAUUAUGGAGGAGAGGAGAAAUUCCUUGAUGAAGAAUUAUGACAUGUUAGACUACCUGCUAAAGGAAGAGGAUCCAAGAUACAAACUCAAUGAUGAGGAAAUUCUCGAUCAAGUAGUUAUGAUUCUCUAUUCGGGUUUCGAAACCAUAUCGACUACUUCAAUGAUGGUCAUCAAGUAUCUUCGUGAUCAUCCAUCAGCUCUUAAAGAAAUCAGAGAUGAGCAUUUUGCAAUAAGAGGAAGGAAAAGGCCAGAAGAGCCACUUGACUGGAACGAUUACAAGUCGAUGAUUUUUACACGUGCGGUGAUAUUUGAAACAUCUAGAUUGGCCACAGUUGUCAACGGAGUUUUGAGGAAGACAAACAAAGGAAUGGAAUUGAACGGUAUGCUGCGAAACUCUUAGUUUAAACUAGGGCAGAAUUUUAUUUUGCUGCUUGUUCAUU